AUGCUAGCUGUUCUAUUAAUAAAUCGAAUGAGUAUGCGGCGAAGGGCCACCCGACGACUGACGAAACCAAAAAUAUCGGAGAAAAAAGAACCUGAGGUUUCGAUAUGUAGGACUUGUUUGAGCACUGAAAACCUAGUUCCAAUUUUUGAAAGUGAAGAAUUGGAAGAUAAGAGAUCGGAGGAUUUACGGCUGGUAACAGGCUUAGAGAUUAAGUUAAAUGAUGGCUUGUCACAAAAAAUCUGCAAUCAGUGCAUUGAAUCAAUGCAAGCUGCGUUACAGUUUAGGAGAAAGAGUAGAAAGGCAGAAAAAACCCUUCUGAACAUGACAUCGGGUGUGAAAGUGAAAAAGAAAUACUCCAAACGGAAACACAGUCUAAGAAAGAGUCCAAGAAUUGAGAAAAGUGAAGCCGAAGAGCUUGUAGAAGACUGUUCUUAUGAUUUCUUUGAUGCUGAUUAUUCAAUGGAUUAUGAUUGUUCUGCGGUCGAGGAUGAGGUUAAACCAAAAGUAAAAGAGUCAAAAGCAGUGAUCACUAAAUUGAAGAAUGGCUCGGCGGCCAAUGCGUCCUCAUACCAGUGCGGAUUCUGCAGCAAGGAGUUCCGCAUGAAGGCGACGUACAAGGCCCAUAUGAGGUUCCACACCAACUACUGUGUGUGUGAGUCUUGCGGCAAGAGGUGCCGGAACAACAACCAGCUGCAAGAACACAAGCGCGCGAGACACGGCCUUGGACGUAUACACAAGUGUGUCUACUGCGACUAUACCUCCGCCACAAAGGAGGCCCUCACGAUUCACGAGAGGCGCCACACUGGGGAGAGGCCUUACGUGUGUGACCACUGUGGCGCCACCUUCCACAGGAGGUCGAACCUGGUCCAGCACAUCGCUAUACACCUGCCAGAGAAAAAUUUCCAGUGCGACCUGUGUCCGAAACGGCUGAAGUCUCGCAAGUUCCUGCAGAUCCACAAGCACAACGCACACACUGGGAAACGAUAUGGAUACCUAUGUCCCGUAUGCGAGCACCGCUUUGAGAAGCCCAACAAAGUGCGUGCUCACACUAGAAGAGUGCACGGACUGCCUGACGACAGGCAGGGUCCCAUUGUUAGAGUGCAACUGUGA